CAGCCCCCCAAUUCAACCCGAGCCGCAACAAAUCGCCAGCCUCGACGAUGGCGCUGCCGAACUUGCCGACAACCGCCAAUCCAUUUCUCUAAGCAACAUGGACGAUGUUGAACUCACUGAGCCGCAUCAUCCGCCCGUCUCAAUGAAUACAUGUGCCACCGAAAGUCAAGAUCUCGAGCUGAACGCUCCGCUCUUGAAUCUCGACACUCUUCUACUCUGCUUCCAAACCUACACCGAUGCACUCUCAUUCGCCCAAACUGAAUACGAUAUUACAAAGUUCGCCCAUAUGGCCUGUGCCAUGGCCGAUUUAUACAUUUAUGUUUCUCCUGAUAUCUCGAGCCAGCGGCUCGGACACGCAUUGAUGAGCUCGGUCUACUAUGAGAUCCAAAGCUACAAGGAUUGUCUUAGUCACACCGAUUCAGCCAUCAGCAUUGCCAAGCUUUCUGGAUUAUGGCCAUCCACUGUCAUCAGCGAUACAUCUGACCCUCUUGGUCAGUGGGCGCUCCAGCAGCUCGAGUUCAAGUAUCGGAGCCUUCUUGCGCAACAAAACUGGGUUGCGGCACUCGAGACCAUGUUUGAAACCGAAGCGCUGUUCCCGGCUCUAUGCACUGAUGUCGAUUUUCAGUCGCUCAAGUCGAAUUCAAUGAACUCCCUCCUCAGUCUCCCAGUGAAAGAGGACCUCCCACCCAUUCACAUGGCUGAGACUGACGCGAUUCCGUUGGCCAGUAUCCCAGCACUGUCCGAGCUUGAUGCGAUGCCACUCGACGGCAAUUCCUUUUUGACCAACAUUCCUCAAGCCGUUAUCGCGACCAACCCAAAUACUGUUGCCGAUAUUCUCUUUCAAAUGUCGCAUGAGCCCAUUCAAAACACUGGCUACUCCAUGCCUGCGGCCAAUGGCACUGCUAUGGCUACGAACGAUCCGAUUCCGAUCGACAAUGUCUUGACACAGUUUGCCGAUAAUCUUUUUCAAAUGUCGCACGAACCUCUUCAAAACCCCGGCUAUCCAGCACACAUCCUUGAUUUCGCCAAUACCACGACUGUUCCUGGUAAAGUAGCCGACGACAGCUUUGUCAUGUCUACCUCCUCGGACGACCAGAUGCAGUGCGACCUUGAGCAAGAUCCAGUCGAGAGUCUCGAGCUUGUUUUCAACAACCUCAAGAUCGCAUAG